CUUCAAUUGUCCAUCAUUCAUUGAGUUUGGUGGUGGCUUUGGCCUUUGAGACUUCUCCUUCUCCAGAGGAAGAAAAUGAUAGAGUCCACAGCGAUUUCUGCAAGUAGUAGAGUGAUUCCAUACCUGUAUUCCUAUUCUAAUAGAAUGAAACCUUCAAUAACAGAAAAUUCUCCCUCUUAUUCUCCUCUUCUAAUCAAAUCCAUGGCUACCCCGAAACCAUUGCCAUCUUCUGCUUCCAAAACUGUUAGCUCUAGAAAGAAUUCAACUGUGUUUCCUCUUGGAGAGAAAGGACCAAGAAAAGAGCUAUUAGCGACCUCACCUCCAGUAAAGCUGCUAACAAGGGUGGAGCAACUGAAGCUACUGAGCAAGGCAGAGAAAGCUGGUUUAUUAUCUGCUGCAGAGAAGUUUGGUCUGUCUCUGUCAACAAUAGAGAAAUUGGGUUUGCUUUCGAAGGCAGAGGAAUUGGGUGUCCUCUCUGCAGCUACCGACCCUGGGACUCCAGGAGCUCUGUUUAGCCUUAGCUUGGGAAUACUGUUUUUAGGUCCCUCUUGUGUUUAUUUUCUUCCUGAGGAUUCCAUUUGGGAAAUUGUGUUGCAAAUUGCAGUUGCUCUGCUCAGUGUUGUUGGUGGAUCUGCUGCCUUUGCUGCCUCAAAUUUUGUAUCCAACUUGCAGAAAUCAAACUAAAUUUUGACGUA